AUGGUAGUCAAGGCGAUCAAACAGGUGUCUAUUGCCCGUAACGGUGUUGGUGCGUUCAUUUUCCCAUGCAAAAAGAUCACUUUGCAGUACUGCAAUUGGGGUGGUUCUUCCCAGGGUAUGAGAGAUUUCCUAACAUCAAAGAGGCUAGAUUUGUUGAGUAAAAAGUACCCAUUCAUACAAUUUGAGAUCCUGAGAAAAUCGGGACAUCCCAUCAUAAGAGGACAGUAUAACAAUGGUCGUGAAAAGGUCAUCUGCGUAAGAAAUUUAAACAUCGACAACGUUGAAAACAAACUGAAGUUGUUGAAGGACUCCAGUGGAGAGGUUCUACGUAGAAGGACGAAGAACGACAAUGUGGAGACUUUGAACAGUAGUGUCAGAGGUGUUUGGUCACCAGUCCACUCAUCGAUGAGAUACAGAGUAUAG